AUGGCCCUUAACAAUCGACCUCAAGGGAUGUUACCUGCGGACACACAUGUUAACCUGAAAGAGCAGGGCCCGAAGCAGCUGAUGGUUGUGAGUUUGAGAAAUGUACCAAUUGAGGUAGAUGAGUCAACUGAGCUAAUAGAAGUAAGAGUGCAGCCAACCCAUGAGGAACUAAACAAAGAAAAAGAGGUUGCAAAGGAUACUGAGAAGGUGAAAGAGAAGGCAUUAGAAAAAGUGCCUGAGCACGAUCUAACUCAAGCCACAAGAAAGAAGCGACCUCCAGCACCCUUCCCGCAGGGGUUGGCCAAAUACCAGAAGGAUGAGCAGUAUAAGAAAUUCAUGGAGAUGUUGAAGCAGAUUCAAACUCAGACCUGCAGUGUUGUCGUGACAAGACCUAUAGCUGAGAAGCUAUCGACCCAGGGAGUUUCACAAUUCCGCAUUGGAAGGGCAAGACCCACAUCCAUGUUACUACAGCUAGCCGACCGAACGGUGAAGAGGCCAUCAGGUAUACUUGAUGAUGUACUUGUGCAGUUUGGAAAGUUUGUGUUUCCGAAAGAUUUUGUCAUUCUAGACUUCCAGGUUGAUGAAGAGAUUCCCAUAAUUUUGGGAAGGCCAUUCUUGGCCAUAGGGAGAGCUUUGAUUGAUUAUGAAACUGGGAGCUAA